GAACCUUCCGCGGUAAGAAGCAGGUCUUGGUCGAGUGGCUUGGCUAUGACCGUUCGGAACAGACCUGGGAGAACCAAAACUAUAUUGAGCAGGUUGCCAAGGAGCAUGUUGACGACUACAUGAGCAAGCUUCAGGGAACGGACAAGGCCAAGCCCAAGACCAACACCAAGGCCACUUCAACAUCUAAUGUUCCAUUGUCGAAGAAAAAGGGGAUUGCAAAGCCUGUCGCCAGAGGCAGGGGUAGACCCCCCAAGGCUGCGACGAAACCAACUACCCAGAAGACUCAAGGCAGGACAAGAGUCACCAAACGCUAGGUCAAGGUUGGCCAGAUUCAGCAUGUGUUUAGACUGUAUACUAGGACGGGUGUCAAAACUUGUUGCGGGAUGCGAUGUGGUUUCGUUUUAUUGGAUGUUUGAGAAAUAAAAAUUAGGUAUAUUGUUUUAUGACGGGAUGAUUCUUUUUAGUAGUUCAUUGAGUAUGCGAAGUAGCAUUUUCGCUUUUGUCUA